AUGAACUCUUAUACUUUUAUCUUCACAUUGGUCUUCCCGAGGAUUCUGGUAUCACCGAUAAAGAAACUGCAACGUCUUUUUUUCAACAAUUCGAAAUACUUGUUGAGGCAUCAAUAAUCGAUUCUAGUACGCUAUCAGCACCUUCACCUGCUCCUCCUGCAGUGUAUCGUUUGCCUCCGGGAAGAUCACAUGGAAAUUCUACGUCCACCUCACCCUCGGCGCCUGGCACGCCAUUACCACCACCUAUGGACAAAAGGCCAGUAAAACCAUUAGAUGGAACUGUCAUAUGUACAUAUAUAUAUAAUCCCAAUUUAAAGGAUCGCAAAAUGGUUGUGUUUGAAUGGAAAGGAUCUUGGUCGUGUAUUGUUCCACUUGCGAUUCCUGUAGCGUACAUAAAGACACGUGCUCAGACUCCGGCACUGGCGCUUUGCACAGUUGUAACUCAAAUUCAAUCGGAAAACCAAAAGGAUUUCGGAAAAUCGAAUGAAUCGGAUGUAUAUUCGGUGGAGAAUUUUGGAAUGAUGAAUUUGUUGGAUGGCCUCAAUAAUGAUCCAUUAUUUGAAUCUUCUACAACAGAUCUCAUGCUUCCAACAUCACGCAUUUUUAAUGUUGAACAAAGAAGGCCAUCCCAACCAUCAACCGUACAAAGCCUUCCACAACCAUUGGUACGUAGAUACCGUAAGAUAUUGUCAGUAAAAUCAGCGCUUAACGUACGCAUGCGUACGACUAGUGUCUCGCCCUUGGACCAUGUGUUAAUGAUGUCUGUCGAAUUAGAGAAUAAUACCGAUGCUGGUAGUUCAUUCUCCGUUGAAGCAGUUAAAGUGGAGAUUGCACAUGGUUUUGUUACAAGAUUUGAAUGGGAAAAAGCGGACAAACAAGUGGAAAAAUUCCCCUUAACGCUUAAUCCAGUUGAUCAAGUAACAUUUUUAUAUAGCAUAACAAUUUUAGAUGAUCCGUCAUUUCCAAAGUUAUCCCCACAACAUUUUCCUGCGCCACCUCCUAAUUCCCGACCAUCUUCUCGUCGUACAUCUGUUUCCUCCGUGUUUUCGUCAAAUUCUUUUGGCGUUGCGCCUACAGAAGAACGUCAGCGACAUGUUUCAAUCGUCGCGAGGGGAUCACCCAUUCUUAAUGGUGUGAAAAGCAGGAGUAUCGAAUCGCGUUGGAAUUGCGUGCUCGAUUUGACAAAUUUACGACGACGUGAAGAUAAUUUACCCUUACCGAUACCGAAUUACAAUAGCCAAAGGCCAACGUCAAUCACAUCAAAAAAUGGUCAAUCACAGUCAUCAUCUAGAAGUACCACUGUGUUUUCACCGACUGGUUCAACAACGCCAACAGCUAACAGAAAUUUCUAUUUGGGAGGAACAGAUGUGAAUGGACGCGGUAAAAAACAGAUAUCCAAUUUACCCGCGAUACCUGAUCAAGACGCCAUUACUAACGGUAUACUUUCUGGUG